UUUUUUUUGUCGGACGAGGGGGGGGUGUAACCCUGACUCGGGCCGGCUGCAGCACACCGGAACUGCGCGAUGGAAAGUGCCAGCGCUGUGUAGGUCCAGUCAGACGGUUUUCGGAGGGACAGCAGCCUUCGCCGCCGGGCCGCUGCGAUGGGACUCCCCACGCUGGAGUUCAGCGACUCCUUCCUGGACAGCCCGGACUUCCGAGAGCGCCUCAAGUGUCACGAGGUCGAGCUGGAGCGGACCAACAAGUUCAUCAAGGAGCUCAUCAAGGACGGCAACAUGCUCAUCGCCGCGCUAAAGAAUCUUUCUGCUGCCGUCCAGAAGUUCUCCCAGUCCUUGCAGGAGUUCCAGUUUGAGUGCAUAGGUGAUGCCGAGACGGAUGACGAAGUGAACAUUGCACAGUCAUUCAAAGAGUUCUCCCAGCUGCUGAGCACGGUCGAAGAAGAAAGAAGACGCCUGAUCCAGAAUGCCGAUGAUGUUUUGAUUACGCCCUUGGAAAAAUUCCGGAAGGAGCAAAUCGGCGUCGCAAAGGAGGGGAAGAAGAAAUUCGAUAAGGAAACAGAGAAAUACUACUCCACCCUCGAGAGGCACCUGAGCCUGUCAUCCAAAAAGAAGGAGGCGUAUCUGCAGGAGGCCGACGCACAGAUUGACAAGGAGAGGCAGCUCUUUUAUGACGCGUCCCUCGAGUAUGUUUUCAAGAUACAAGAAGUGCAAGAGAAGAAGAAAUUCGAGUUUGUUGAGCCGCUCCUGGCCUUCCUUCAGGGUUUGUUCACGUUCUACCAUGAAGGAUAUGAGCUGGCUCACGAGUUUGAGCCCUACAAACAGCAGCUGCAGUUCAACCUACAGAACACACGGAACAACUUUGUGAGCACCAAGCAGGAAGUGGAGAAGCUGAUGAGGAGGAUAAGGUCUGCGGAUCAGGACUAUAAGCCCCCAGGCCAGUGGACGAUGGAGGGCUUCCUGUACGUCCAGGAGAAACGUCCUCUGGGAUGCACUUGGACACGUCACUACUGCACAUACGAGAAAGGAAGCAAGACCUUUACCAUGAGCAACACUGAAAAUAAGUCGGCUGGGAAACAGAACGGUCUUGUCCUGAACCAGCCAGAGAUGUUCAAGCUCAGGUCCUGCAUUCGGAGGAAAACGGACUCCAUCGACAAGCGUUUCUGCUUUGACCUGGAGGUGGUGGAGAGAAAUGACAUCUGUCGUGGAACUCUUUUCAGACCGCUUCAGUUUUUCUGUAAAGUCCGGCAUGGCGUUAUGACACUGCAGGCCCUGUCGGAGUCCAACAGAAGACUGUGGCUGGAGGCCAUGGAUGGCAAGGAGCCGAUCUACAACCUGCCGGCCAUAUUGAGCAAAAAGGAAGAGACGUUUCUUAAUGAGGCGGGAUUUAACUUCGUACGGAAAUGCAUCGGCCUGGUGGAGACGAGAGGCAUAAAUACGCUGGGACUGUACAGAAUUGGAGGGGUCAACUCCAAAGUGCAGAGGCUGAUGACCACAGUCUUUUCCUCCAAGGCACCUGUGGAUAUGGACCUGGACCCCGAGACGUGGGACAACAAAACCAUCACCAGUGGUCUGAAGAAUUACCUCAGGUGUCUCUCUGAGCCUCUAAUGACCUUCAAGCUCCACAAGGAUUUUAUCAUGGCCGUCAAGUCCGAUGACCAGAACUACCGGGUGUGUGCUGUCCAUGCCUUGGUUCACAAGCUGCCUGAGAGGAACAAGGAAAUGCUGGAGCUUCUAAUAAAUCACCUUGUCAUUGUUUCCGCACAAAGCCACUGCAAUCUGAUGACCGUGUCCAACCUGGGUGUCAUCUUUGGGCCCACCCUGAUGCGGUCCCAAGAGGAGACUGUGGCCGCAAUGAUGAACAUCAAGUUCCAGAAUAUCGUGAUGGAAAUACUUAUUGAGAACUGCACCAAGAUCUUCCAUCAGCCUCCGGACCCCAAUGUGCCUCUGCCACAACCCCAGAGCCAGCCCGGCUCUCGCAGGAGCAGGGCCAUCUGUCUGGCCACGGGGCCCCGGAAGCCCCGCAGCCUUUACACCCCGACACUGUGCCUGGCAGAUGCAGAAAGUCCCUGCAUAGGUGACACUUUCAGCAGCAGUCCAGGCAGCACCCCCAUGGGCAGCAUGGAGUCUUUGUCCUCCCACUCCUCUGAGCAAAAUACCUCCUCCAAAUCCGCCUGCCACGCUCAGGUCAAGGAGAAGUCGCUCCUGGACCUCCGCCGAACGCCGUCACAGCUCUCCAAUGACCCCAGGAGCACCGUGUGUGUCAGCAGCCCCGAGUCCAGCUCCCGGGAGGACACAGGUCGUACAGAUGGAGAGUCAGAGGAUGCUCUCAGCCAGUCCUCUGUAAGCACGGCACCCAUGCUGUCGCCUGCGCCCAAAAAAGCCCCGCACUUCCGCGCUGACCUCAGGCCAGCACCGCUGAACCGUUCUCCUGCUCCCUCUCUGAAAUCACUGCAUAUAUCUGAAGGCCACGGGAGCUGUUCUGGAUCUGUCCACAGUCUGUCAACAGUGGAGCCCAGAGAGAGUUUCAAGCCAACUGAGCACCCAGACCUGCCACCGAAACAAGUGAUCCGCCGCAAGUUGGACACCUCAGUCAGCAACGGCUACCAAAGACCUGGCUCAGUGGUUGCUGCCAGAGCACUGCUUUUUGAAAACGCCUCCUCGCCGCUGGCUGGUGUAGUCGGAAGGGAUGCCAAGGCGAUGUACUCCUGCGAGGCGGAGCACAGCCACGAGCUCAGCUUCCCCCAGGGGGCGCACUUCUCAAACGUCUACCCCUCUGUUGAACCAGGCUGGCUCCAAGCAACGUACGAGGGGAAAACCGGUUUAAUCCCUGAGAAUUACGUCGUCUUCCUCUAACAGGUGGUGAACAUUGCAUCUUUUUCAUGGUAUCCAUGGAGAAAAAAAGAAAAGAAAAACACAGAUGUAGUUGGUCGUUGUAAUGGUCAUGUUAUUGCUGGUAACCAACAUUUAUGCAUUUUAUGCAUUCUUGCUUUAACAGCAAUAGAAGUUCAAAGUCCCAAUAUUUACCUCCCUUUCGACUUCAUUGGGAAAUGUUUAAAAGUUAAUAGAGAAAUAGGUGUGACAUUAUUGCUAAUUGUAAAUGUGAGUACGUAAUGACCCAUCGACUGCACUGAUGUUGUUGUUUUUUUAACCUGCAGAAUCACAAAACAAUCACAUGCAUUUACACAAGUUUUAUUCUCAGAAAUAGGUCAGCUUUUAACUUUCCAUGAUAUCAGCACAACAAUUUCAGCAAGUGGAAAUCUGUUUCAUAAACAUUUUUGUAUUGACUGUAAUUGAACAAACUGUGAUUAUUUUUUAAAGGAGUAAAGGAUACUAAUCUAAUCUAUUAGUAAAAGGCAUGAUGGGUUUGCACCUUAACUUCCAUGUUUAUGGCCUGCGACCGUUGUUCAACCACUGAACCUGCUCACUGCUGCAGUGCACUUUCUGGCUAGCUACACAGUACUGUACUGUACAUUCAUUUUCAUACGUCCCCCUGUAGUUGCUAAUCAAAAAUAUUUACUUCAUGUAACUUUUUUAUUACCAUAAAUUAUCACACCAAAUAUAUGCCUUAUGUAAAAAUGUGUUACGUCACGAAUGCUAUGUUCAUGGGGUGGAACCUUCACCUCUAAGGCUUGUUGUGGUACUGUACUCACUGGUACACUGGUGUACUAGUUAUGACAACUAAACAGACAUUAGAUGGUAUUAUGUUCAAAGAUGCCAUUUAAUAUUACAUUUUCUGUUACUGUCAAAACAUUUCCAAACUAGGUCAAUAAUAAAUUCCAAAAGUGAUAAUGCUCACCUUUGAAAGUUUCAAAGAUAAUGAUAAUUAAUCACUCGUUCUUCAGUUAUUAGAAACUGAAAAAUUACUCCAAAAAUAGACGUUCUCUGGAGUCCAAAAAAAUGUAUUCAGGGAAGGAAUUUGAGAUUUCGCACUUGCCAAGAUCAUGAUGUUCUUUUCCAUUUACAUCUUUAAGAAUGUGAAGUGACCUUGAACAAUGAUGCUGGAAUAAUACUCCCUUACAGCCUGAAUGUAGAGGGGUAUAUGACGGAAAUGACAUCCAUUUCCUCAACAUGUAAUCAUUUGGCAUUAUUUUUAUAUUACAAGCUUGUUUCCUUGUCUUGACAGUGCACGACCAUGUCUAUUAAUAAAUAGCGUGGUUUAUUAGACCCGUUGGUCCAAAUUAUUUGUCAAAGUUAGUGGGAAGAAGAGAAAGACCUCUUCAAUAUAUUAAGUGUUGGAGGGUCUCUCUGUGUUCCUACUUUUAAACAAAGUCAUGUUUUUUUACGUUUAAAAAAAAAAGUAGGAUUAGACUGACAAGUAUUAUAUAUGUGCCCUGCUAUCCAUAUUAAAAUGUGUUUUAUUGCGCAGUUUUAUUAGCUUUGUCAAAGCAGUUGUAUUUUUGGUCCCAGCCGUCGCGUGUGUUUGAUAGAGACGUCGAAAAAUGCAUUAACUAACUUUUAAUGGGACAAAUGUGAUAAGUUGAUAUACAAAUCUGAAUGUUGCAUGAACUACUGCACUCACUUGAAAUAAAUCUGUCACGCGCA